CUUCUAUAAACGUAUACGCGUAGAAUUUAAAGGGGAAUCUAUUUAUAAAAUGUAUAUAUAGAUAGAUACUUUCGCCGGUUGGGUAAUUUGGGAAAAAUAUAUUCUGUGAAAGGGCAGAAGAAGAAGGGGGAAAAAAGGGAGCUUUUAGAAGAGGGGAGAAGGAGAGGGAAGGCUCCAUCUUCAAUGCUUUACCAAACUCACCGCCACCCUUUUGUCUUAUUUCAUUCUCACCACCACCACUCUCCUCUCUCUGCCACCGUCCCCUCUCCCCUUGUUUUCUCCUCCCUCCUCUCUCAGGAGAUGGAACGCGUUGAAGGAGCGUUGAAGAGCAGUGUUAGGAGAGAGAUAGCCAUGAGACUCACUCCGCCGGCGUUCAUCGACGACUUGCUCGCCGUCAAUUCCCAGAACGGCGUUUCCCCCGAAGAUUUCUCCGUCGACGACUUGCUUGACUUUUCAAACGACGACAUUUUCGCCGAGGAAGAUUCCGAACCCAGAGACCGACAGGAGAGAUUCUCUGUUUCCUCGGAGGACCCUCAGGAUGACGAAAAUACCCUUUUCCGGAGAACCGAUUUCUCCGCCGCCGGCUAUUUUGAGCCCAUCCCCUCAGGCGAACUCUCCGUUCCGGCGGACGACGUGGCGAGCUUAGAAUGGCUAUCACAUUUCGUAGAGGACUCCUUCUCGGAAUAUUCGGCUCCGGACCUCACCAGAACGCCGAAGGAGAAGCCGACAUGGUUAACCGGCGACCGGAAACACCCGGUGACUCCGGUGAACGAGGACUCAUGCUUCAAACCCGCUGUACCGGCCAAAGCCCGAAGCAAACGGACCCGGACCGGUGGUCAGGUAUGGUCGCCAUCGCUCUCCGACUCGUCGUCGAGUUCAACAUCGUCGUCGUCGAGCCACUGGGAGAGACCGCCGGUGGCAAAAAGGCAGAAGGGGGAGGGAGGGCAGCAGCGGAGGUGUAGCCACUGUGGAGCCCAGAAGACGCCGCAGUGGCGAGCGGGACCGCUGGGGGCGAAGACGCUAUGCAACGCGUGCGGCGUGAGGUACAAGUCGGGUCGGUUAUUGCCCGAGUACAGACCCGCUUGUAGCCCCACCUUCUCGAGCGAGCUCCAUUCGAACCACCACAGGAAAGUCAUCGAGAUGCGUCGGAAGAAGGAGACGGUGGUGGGUUUUUGAACGAUUCGUUUAGCCGAAAUUAUUAAACACCAUCUGUCUUUUGAAGCCCCAUUUAGCUUUUGUAUAUUAUUUUAGGUUUACUUAGUCAGUGGCACUAGGAGGUUCUCAGCAACUGAUUAGUAGCAGCGGUAGCAGGCUUUCGACUCAAUACAAUAUUGCAAUAUUUGAAUUCGAAUAUAUUUGGUUGGUUUGCGUUAUAA